UGUGCUGCACUCAGCCUGCCAACCUCUGCCGCGCAAACGUGAAGCCGUCGGCGGUGUCCCGCUGGUGUCCACCGAGGGCAGCGCAGGUCUCUCCCUCUCUCUCUCUCUCUCUCUCUCUCUCUCUCUCUCUCUCUCUCUCCCCCCCCCCUAGUGUGGAUCCUCUGUGGCCAAGUCACGCAUGGGACCCCCUUUGCGCAAGUCGAAAUGAAAUGCACAACAAGGACCGUGGCCGUGUUGCGCUGCAAGCAGAGCCAAGAAAUCCUCUCCCAUCCCAGACGACUUUUGCCAUGAGCGAGAUUCGCUGGGCUGCCGACGACCAGUGAAGACGCCGCGCCAGCCCGAAGGACGCCGGUGGUUCCGCUGCAGACGUUCGUGUAGAACGUGAACCUCUGCAUUCGGGAUUUUUAUUUUAUUUUAUUUUUUUUAAUGGAGCUGGAGAACAUCGUGGCCAACACUGUCCUGCUUAAAGCCAGAGAGGGUGGAGGAGGCAAGCGGAAAGGGAGGAGCAAAAAAUGGAAGGAGAUCCUUCGGUUCCCCCACAUAAGUCAGUGCACUGAGCUGGGCAGCGGCAUCGAGAAGGACUAUGUCAGCAUCUGUGAGAAGCAGCCUGUCGGAAGGCAGCUCUUCCGAGUUUACUGCGAGACCAGACCAAAACUGCAACGCUGCAUUCAACUGCUGGAUGCAAUGGAAGAUUACGAGGUGACGCCUGAUGAAAAACGAAAAAGCAGAGGGGACCAGAUUAUCAAGACCUUCCUUUCCAAACAAUCGCCCGAGCGUGUGGACAUCGCGGAGGCCUUUGCAGAUCAGUGCCGAGAGAACCUGGAGCUCAGUCCGUGUAAGGAGAUCUUCAGCAACUGCCGCAAAGCAGUCCACGACUACUUGAGCGGGGCACCGUUCGCAGAUUUUGAGAACAGCAUGUAUUUUGACCGCUUCCUGCAGUGGAAGAUGUUGGAGAGGCAACCCAUCACGAAAGACACGUUUAGACAGUACCGAGUCCUGGGGAAGGGAGGAUUUGGAGAGGUGUGUGCCUGUCAGGUUCGAGCCACGGGAAAGAUGUAUGCCUGCAAGAAGCUGGAGAAGAAGAGGAUCAAGAAAAGGAAAGGAGAGUCCAUGGCCCUCAACGAAAAGCAGAUCUUGGAGAAAGUCAACAGUAGAUUUGUUGUGAGUUUGGCCUACGCGUACGAGACCAAAGACGCUCUCUGUCUGGUGCUGACCAUCAUGAAUGGCGGAGACCUGAAGUUUCACAUCUACAACAUGGGCACGCCAGGCUUCGACAAAGACAGGGUCCAGUUUUAUGCUGCUCAGAUCUGUUGCGGUCUCAAGCAUCUUCAUCGAGAAUCCAUUGUCUACAGAGAUUUAAAACCGGAGAACAUCCUACUUGAUGACAACGGACACAUCCGCAUUUCUGACCUGGGCCUCGCCAUUAAAGUGCCUGAAGGGGAGAUGAUCAGAGGAAGGGUGGGCACGGUGGGCUACAUGGCUCCAGAAGUAAUCAACAAUGAAAAGUACGGAAUGAGUCCCGACUGGUGGGGGCUGGGCUGCCUCGUGUACGAGAUGACGGCGGGGCGAUCGCCCUUCCGUGCCCGCAAAGAGCGAGUGAAGCGGGAGGAGGUGGAGAGGAGGGUGCAGGAGGAAGAGGAGGAGUACAGCGACAAGUUUACAGAGGACACCAAGGAAAUCUGCAGAAGGCUGCUCACCAAAGACCCAAAGCAGAGGCUGGGUUGCCACGGGGACAGAGCGGCCGGCGUCAAGGCCCACGCCUUCUUCAAAAACAUCAACUUCAAGAGGCUGGAAGCUGGAAUAGUGGAGCCUCCUUUUGUGCCUGAUCCUCGGGCGGUCUACUGUAAGGAUGUGUUGGACAUCGAGCAGUUCUCCACUGUCAAGGGAGUCAAUUUGGACCAAACUGACAACGACUUCUACUCCAAAUUUGCGACAGGCAGUGUUUCCAUCCCGUGGCAGAAUGAGAUGAUAGAAACGGAGUGUUUCAGAGACCUGAACGUGUUCGGCCCCCAAGGGACGAGACCUCCGGACCUAGACUGGAGUCAACCUCCGGAGCCUCCCAGACGCAGCCUGCUGGACAGGAUCUUCAGGAGGCACCACCCAGAGGUGUCUAUCUCUCACAGCCGUGUGCAGUCUUCCAGCGUAAACUCUGUGGACUCAAUGUCCAACUCUGCCCCCUAGUGGUGCAGUGACACGCACACAAAGGGAAAGAAGCCCCGAGGGUUUACCCGCUGCUAAUUAGUCCAUAGCUGGGUCGUGAGACUGCCUGUCUAAAGUCUCGUGGGUCAGCCCAUUAAAGGGGGAUUGACCAGGCCCGGAUACUUGGGCCCUUUUUUUAGUGAGAUGGUCAGAGCCAUUUUGAAAUAUUUGGACGAACCCUCUUACCCUCAGGAUCGAUGGACGACAGAACAGAUUCACUUGUGUUGCUCAAAGAGUUCAGAGGAGAGAAACUAAGCUAUUUUUUUUUCAGGGGAUCCAUUGUAUCAUAAAGACCCACGGCAAGGAAUUGAAAAGUGGGUCCUCCCGUGUGAUGUUUUUCUUUUUCCAGAAAUACUGUAGUCUUUUACUUCCUGGCCUGUACCAAUAGCUAGCUAGCCAUCUAUGUAUAGCGUCACCAACCCGUAUAUCACUGAUAUUACCUUCUCAGUAUUUCCCGCCUGUCUUACCUCACAUCAGUCCUUAACAUUCAGAAACGACGGCCUCGUCCGCGACGUCAGCUCCGAAUAAGCUUCGCCUGGUCUCCGCUCGGGCCAAAGAUAGAUCGGCUGCGUGAUUUUGAUGACAUUUACAAUCACGUGAGACUUGUUUUUGGGCUGUUUGAUAAGUAUAAUACACACCCUCUUCAUAUGUGAGCCUACAGGCGUAUCACAUACAGUGAAGAAAUAAGUGUUUGAACACCCUGCUGUAUUGCGAGUUCUCCAACUUAGAAAUCGUGGAGGGGUCUGAAAUUUUCAUCGUAGGUGCAUGUCCACUGUGAGAGAGAUCAUCUAAAAAGAAAAAUCCAGAAAUCACAAUGUAUGAUUUUUCAAUGAUUUAUUUGUGUGAUACAGCUGCAAAUAAGUAUUAGAACACCUGAGGAAACCAGUGUUAAUAUUUGGUACAGUAGCAUUUGUUGGCUAUUACAGAACAUUUCCUGUAGUUGUUCACCAGGUUUGCACACACCGCAAGAGGGAUUUUGGCCCACUCCUCCACACAGAUCUUCUCUUGAUCAGACAGGUUUCUGGGCUGUCUCUGAGAAACACAGAGUUUCAACUCCCUCCAAAGAUUUUCUAUUGGGUUUAUGUCUGGAGACUGGCUAAGCCACGCCACAACCUUGAUAUGCUUCUUACAGAGCCACUCCUUGGUUUUCUUGGCUGUAUGCUUCGGGUCAUUGUCAUGUUGAAAGACCCAGCCACGACCCAUCUUCAAUGCCUUGACUGAGGGAAAGAGGUUGUUUCCCAAAAUCUCACAAUACAUGGCCGCGGUCAUCCUCUCCUUAAUACAGUGCAGUCGUCCUGUCCCAUGUACAGAAAAGCAGCCCCAAAGCAUGAUGCUACCACCCCCAUGCUUCACAGUAGGGAUGGUGUUCUUGGGAUGGAACACAUCAUUCGUCUUCCUCCAAAUACGGUUCCUGGAAUUAUGACCAAAAAGUUCUAUUUUGGUCUCAUCUGACCACAAAACUUUCUCCCAUGACUCCUCUGUAUCAUCCAAAUGGUCAUUGACAAACUUAAGACGGGCCUUGACAUGUGCUGGUGUAAAAAGGGGAACCGUCCGUGCCAUGCAUGAUUUCAAACCAUGACGUCUUAGUGUAUUACCAACAGUCACCUUGGAAACGGUGGUCCCAGCUCUUUUCAGGUCAUUGACCAAGUCUGUCGUGUAGUCCUCGGCUGAUUCCUCACCUUUCUAUGGGUCAUUGAGACUCCACGAGAUGAUAUCUUGCAUGGGGCUCCAUUCCGAUCGAGAUUGACCGUCAUCUUCAGUUUCUUCCAUUUUCUAAUGAUUGCUCCAUCAGUGGACCUUUUUUCACCGAGCUUCUUGGCAAUUUCUCCGUAGCCUUUUCCAGCCGUGGGGAGUUUUACAAUUUUGUCUCUGGUGUCCUUGGACAGGUCUUUGGUCUUGGCCAUGUUACAAGUUAGAGUCUUAGUGAUUGUAUGGGGUGGACAGGUGUCCUUUUGCAGCAAACGAUGUCACACAGGUGCAUCUGAUUCAGAGUAAUACAUGAAGCAGAGGUCGACUUUUAAAGACGGACUAACAGGUCUUUGAGAGUCUGAAUUCUAGCUGAUAGACAAGUGUUCAAAUACUUAAUUGGAGCUGUAUGACACAAAUAAAUCGUUAAAAAAAUCAUACAUUGUGAUUUCUGGAUUUUUCUUUGUAGAUGAUCUCUCUCACAGUGGACAUGCACCACCGAUGAAAAUUUCAGACCCCUCCAUGAUUUCUAAGUGGGAGAACUUGCACUAUAGCAGGGUGUUCAAAUACUUAUUUUCUUCACUGUGGCUUGCACCCCGAGAAUCGCGCUUGCAUGGACGAGUUGUACGUAUCCCUGUCCUGCUUCUGCAUACCUCAUUCCGCCGGUGUUCAUGUAUACCACACGUGCAUCUCCCUCAGUUUACAGCGUCGCUUUCGAGUUGACAUUUUCAACAAGAAUGAAUAAACUGUACAGGAUCAGAACUGUUGAGGAACACACGCACUCAGCCUGACGUAUAGAAGUUGCACAUUUUAAAACAAUGUCAUGCUGUUUUGUUUUGUUUUUUUCUGCCACCAAAAUGAAAAAUGUUUUACCUCUGACGGCACAUGAUUGCAUUAGUAAUCCCAUGCAAUGCAUCUUUUCUACAGUUUAGUUACAGCAUCUGAAAUUUUAAGUGUUCUUGUUCCCUUUAUGCCUUUUACAUUUCAAUAUUACUGCCUCACUACUCAUGUACCGUUUCUUUUUUUGUUUUGUUUUUGUAUUUUUCUCCUUUACGUGAUCAAAUGGCCUCAUCUUGUCCGAAGGCUCUUCAUCUUGUUAUAUUUCCGAGACCCAAUGAGGAUAUUAACUAUGAAUGGUUGAUCUUAUCCUGGUUUUAUUUAUCUGGUCCACUUCGUUAAUGUCUGGAAGAGGAAGACGCCGGAAGAAAGCGGAAUAUAACACAAGGAUCAAGUGGCCUUCCCGCAGCAGCACAGCUAAUUAAAAAAGACGGGCAUCACCGCGUCUUCCUGUUUUUAAUGAGGUUAUUUUUGCAUUUGGGGAGAUCUGGUAACUAAUUUCAUUCACCCAUCUCGCAAGUCUGCCCGACUCCCGAUAGAAGAAAAACAAAAAGAAAAAUGUCCGAAUGAGACCGAAGUGCCUCGUUGUUUGCGUGAGCACCCGGACGAUGCCCACGCAGACGACAUCAGCACUCGGGAGUUGUCUGGCGUGCUCGCGAAUCCGCCGGAGGAGAGCAAGUUGAAGCUGGGGCGGUGCCGGGUGCAUGUGAAACCCAAACCCGCUGCGUCUUUCAAGUCCCAAUAAACUUUGUGCUUUAGUUUGAGUACCCCGCAGUUUGCUCGUCUCUUUUUUCAAUCUGCGUACUUGAAAAUUCUCAACUGGGGCUUGGACGUCUUUCUGUGACUGACUCUCUCUCUGACUCUCUAAUGCCGGUUCCGGACAUCCC